AUGCUUCUGAGGAGGUGGGUUGCUAGAAGUGGGUUGGCGCUGCCCUUUUCUGGGAGAUGCAAGUGUGGUCUUGUGGUCACCUGCCCUCCAGGGGUCUUCUCUGGAAUGACCAGACCCCGCCUAGAGACCUUGUCUGGCUGGGACAGGCAGGAGGAUCCCUUGGGUGCUGGAGCUGGCGCAGAGUCAAACCACAGCAGGCUCUGUCCUUUGCAAACGAUGAUGCGACUCUGCUCUGGGGCUGGCCUGGAGGUCCAGGGCCCCCCAUCUGGCACCAGGCCUCCUGCCUCCCUUUGCCACCUUGCGUCCUCCUGGGGGCUUUCCCUUGCUCACCUGAUUUGGGUCAGACACCAGGCUCCGCGUCCCAAGCACAAAGGAGAGGUCCCCCUGCUCCUCUCCCCACCUUCCUCCCCCACAUCCCUAUUACUGUGCCAGGGGCUUUGGGUUUCUGAAGGCAGGAGUGUGGGGGUUGCCAGGAGUUGCCCAGCUUGCCGGCACAGGGGGAGCAAGUGUUGGGGUUCCUCUCCUUUCUUUGGUUUUCUUUCUUCACAUUUCCAAGCUAUGCAGCUGCGAGGGGAGGGGGAGCCUUCGUCCAGGCCAGGAGACGCAGGCGGAAGCCAGAGAGUGGGAAGACAGGGCAGGUCCCAGCAGGCUGCUUGCCCAUCAGUGGGAACCCAACCCUUCGGGGUCCUGCCCAUUGGCUGGUGGGUGUGGUGGGCCUGCCCCCCAAGGCCCAGCCUCUUCCUUUGUGGGUGCGAGCUCUCGGGAGCACCUCUUGGUCUUCGUCUACUCUAUGCAAAGCCACUCUGCAGGCAGCUGCAGGAGGUUUUCUGCAAAAUCUUGGGAGGGCCUGUAGCCCUGCCCCCUGCAGCCUGCAGAGCCUCUGUGCUUCCUUCCUUGCUUGCUUCUUAG